AUGUCUAACUCAGAGUCCAGGAGCGCGCCGUCAUCCUUGGUUCAGGCACUCGUGCAGGCUCGCGCGGCAAAUGAGAGUCUAAACGAACUUACCCUGCCCUCGCGCCUUCCAGCGGAGACAUUGGCCGGGGUAUUCGCUCACCUCGUCGACAUUUAUCCAAUCGAUCUAGACGAGGGGCCUCCGAUCCCUUCGUCCUUUCGGGUCUGCCCUGUGAACAAGCGCAAAGGUUUGGGCUGGCUCUACGUCACGCACGUAUGCCGGCGCUGGCGAGCCACCGCCAUCAGUGAACCUUCGUUAUGGACGAGGCUGCCCAUGGCACUUGGCCAACUGUGGGACGUCUUUCUCGCACGAGCGAAGAAAGCUCCUCUCGUCAUAUCUCACGUUUUCUACGGUGUUAGUUCCCCGUCUAUGGACGUGGAGCGCUCUAUACGCUGCAUUCUUCAACAUCGAGAUCACAUUCAGGAGCUUGACCCAGGCUCGCUUGACGCUACCCACAUGCUCAGACUGGUGCAAGGUCUCACUGGCCCUCUUCCGCACCUUCGACGCCUGAGGUUGCAGACAUACGAAAAAGAUGCCCCUCUUCUUCCUCUACCGCCUUCCUUCAUGACCGAAUCUGCGCCGUGUAUACGGGAACUACGGCUGUCUGGCAUUGCCUUCCCAUGGGGGAGUGGCUCUUCCACCAUUACCUGCUUCCACUACGAACACCUUCAUGGGCGCCAUCCAGCUGCUGUUGAUCGAAUCUCUCACAGCUUCUCCGAAGUCGUGUCCACACUCCAAUGCAUGCCAGCGUUGAAGGACUUGAAAUUGAUCGGCGCUGUCCCCAGCGACGCUGUGGACCACGUGCGGGUUGAGAUCCAGCUUCCACAACUCGAGGAGCUCGAGAUCGUCUCUCAUGGUGCAUCGUCGUGGCACCUCCUAGCUCUGAUACAGCACCCCUCCUACACCCAUGUCAAUGUCAGAGAUACCAGCAUGGGGGUAACCGGGCCCGGACACAUUGGAUCGACCACAGCGUCUGGGCUCCCUGUUCACCCCGCCUCUCCUUCGAAGUUUCAUGUCCGUACAUUGGACGUUGAUUUCUCCGACCCUUGGCUCAUCGAGCGCGGUCUGUAA